AUGCUCGUUAACGUAUUAUUGACACGGCCGUCCGGAGCCGUUGCUCUUAUGAAAGCUGCACAGAUCUUCAGCAAGGGGCGCGUUAAUGGAUUUAGAAAGAACGUCAAAGAAGUGAUUAUUAUCUAUGUCAGCGUUUACGGAUUGCCACAGCGGAUUUCUAUUACAUACAUACAGAACCUAAUCUUUCCAGCAAAAUUCAGCAUGCACUUUGUGCAGGUAAAGUUGGAUCUUAACCAGGUCUUUGCAAAUCAGUCGUAUAAUCCAGCAAACUGCUUCUGCAGAAAGCAUUGGGUUCAGUACACCUUUGGAAACCUAAAAUACGGAAUUUGCCUGGAAGUCGUUGCCGAUAAAACCAGAUGGAAUUGGGCUAAAGAGUCUUGCUCGAGCGACGGAUCAGGUCAUCUCGUUACUGUUUUCAGCAAAGCAAAGCACGACUUCGUCGCAUUGUUGUUUUCGGACCUAGUCACUAGGUCCCCGUACCCGUACGUGACAUCAGACACGUACCACAUUGGGCUCUCUUACGACACGGCUCAGAACAGCUAUUUCUGGGAGCAGCCUGCAAGCUCAGACCCAUGGAACAAGGGUUUCCCAUCUCUGGAUGGCAAUGCAACAUGCGUAAUUGCUACCAAAUUUGGUUGGCAGAAUGUGAACUGCGAGACAAAGCUCGCCAGCUAUGUAUGCCAAAUGAAUACGUGCGAUACCGACAACUAUUGCUUUGAAGAAUGA